UGGGAAAUCCGUUGAAUGGUAUUGCCGAGUAAGAGUAAUUAUAUAGGAAUUUAGUGCCUUUCUCUUGAAGAGUAAGCUUUUUGUGUAACAAACAGUCCAGCAACUACAUAUUUUAUUCCCUGGCCACUGUAUUGACAGUUAUUGCUUUAACUUACUGUGUUAUUGAUGUUGAUCGUUUUGAGUUUACCCAUAUAAUAUAUACUCCAGUUAGAGAUUAAAGUAGAAAUCUGAUCAUGCCACUAGCUGAAGAGAGACAGGGUUACUUAGGUAAACUUGAAGAUAAAACUAUAAGUGAACUCAAGGAUUUAUUAUAUCUACAAGAACAACUGCUGUCUAAACAGUCGUUUUUGAAAAAGUUACCAGAUAAAGGUGUUAAAGUGAAGCAGUUUGCCGAUAUAUUAGAACGAUUAAUUCAUGAAAAAACAGCCAUUGAAAAAUCACAGUCAAUCCAUUCUUCACACAUAGACAAAUCUUCAUCAGACAUCAUAAACCUUACAUCUGCAUUUUCAUUGAAACAAAAUGGUGAUUUAAGUGAUAAAGUUACACUGGCACCAUUCAGUCAGUCUCAUAUAAAAGACAGUAAUAAUGACAAUUUGCUACGUUCACUCAUCAAUCCAGCGGCCUUCCAUGGUGGUGAUCAUAAAAUAAUUAUCGAUGAACGAGAAAUAAAUUCGAGUGUUAAAAAUGUUGAACAAAACAUGGAAGUGGAAGAUAUGUUAAGUGACUCGUUCCAAAAAGUUAAAGUUUCAGAUAGUGUGGAACCUACAAGAACAUUUGAUAAUUCUAAGAACUGUUAUGAACUAGUUAUUAAAAGAGCCGAACAACGUCCUAAAACACAGAAAGAACCAUUUAAACCGAACAGCUCCUUAUUAAUAUCAAAAGUUGAUGAUUUACCUAAUAAAUAUAAACAUAGAUCUAAACUAAAUGAAAAUACAGACUCAAAUAAUCCAGUUGAUAAACUACAACAUAAAAAGUAUGAAGAAUCGGCAGCCUAUCCACCACGUUAUAAAUAUGAAAAAGCAAAGUUAGUCUCAGAUGAAGAAUCAACAGAAUUAAUAAGGCAACAAGCAGCUAAACAGGCGGAGUUAUUAGCACAGAGAGCAGCUGCAAGAUUAGCUGAGAGACUUAAUAUCAAAAUGGGUCCUUAUAAACCAAAACAUGUUGAUAUGUCAUAUCGGCAAACAAUAGAGAAAGAUAGUGAUGAUGAUGAUGAUGAUACUGAUGAUCCAGAGAUGGAUGGAUAUCCUGAUUAGAUUAAAAGACUUGUUUUUAAAAUGUCAUUAAAUUACUAGUUUGUUUUGUUUAUGUAAGCAACAAGUCUGUAUAUUUUGGAGGAUGAAUGAGUGACAAUGAUUGUUAGUGCCAUGGUAUUACUUUUCAUUUCCCAGUAUGUUAUGGACACUCUUAAGCCAACAUUAUCUGAACGUUAGACAUUCACCUAAAUGUAAUGUACCUAUAUUCAGUAGCGGAUUUAGAUGAAGAGAUAUUCCCAAUACUCCACCCACACGGCUAGAGGAAGAUUAAAGUAUGUUUUAAACACAAUUGAGCAAAGCCAAGAAGGAUGACGAAUGUUUAAGUUUAAGACUACAGUGCAUUUACGAAUGGCUUAUGACUGAGUCAAAAAUAUUAUACACCUUGGCCAGAGGCCUCCUAGAUCUUGAGACCCUAGGCUUCAGCCUGCCAGCCUGAAGGUUGCUUAUAUUUCUUUAUUGUCCUGCUUUGAAUGAUGUUAAAGGAGGUAUAUUUAAAUCAGCUCUGUACUUUUGUUCAUUCUUUCAUCUUUGUUUUGUUUCCCGAGAAUUUAUUUGUACACAUAUCAACCUAUUGUAGAGGUUGUGCCUUUUUCUAAUCAUAAAUUUCAGGCAUUAUUUUAUGUUUCUUAGGAAAAAAAUUCCACUUUUUUUAACUUAAAUAAGCAUCAUGCGAUGACUGAAUCUUCUUGUUUCUUAUUGAAGUUUCCAGAUAUAAACCAGUUCAGAAAAUGUAUUCUGAUAUUGUUUUAGUGAGAGGUGUCCAACUAUAUAAAUUUUGAUGUAAAUAUUAAUUUUUAAACUAUUAUUAUUGAUGAUUAAAUAUACAUUAUGGGAGAUUAGAUAAAGAGUUAGCAGUCCUCACUAUAAUAGUUAAAAACUAGAUAAUGUAAAGGGAAUUUGCUGAAAAUUUCAGUCAAAUUGAUCUACUCUGAACCAAGAACUUAGCGAUUGAAUUUUAGGCCUAGCCUCGAUCAUCAUUACUAAAGUUGGUAUGAUAAAAACAUAGUCUUGAUUAUCCAUUUUUUGAUUUAAUAAUCAUUGAGCACUGAGCAGCAGAUCGGGUUCUAAUCCAAUGACAUCAAGCAGUUGAUUAUGGUCUGAGUAGGUUAAUUAAUGUCUAAUUCAUAAUUUAGAUAACAUUUCAGACCUAAAGAAAGACCUUCAAUAGGCAGAUUUAGCUCUUGCAUAAUGUAUGUUUAAAUAAAGUGUCAUAUCAUGUGUUA